AUGAUUAAACAUUACAAAGAAUUUCCUCUGAUUUAGUUUGCAUGUAUUUUGCUUUCCCUUUUGUGUACUUCUGAGAUGCUGAAGUGUGAUCUCAUCUUGACUUUGCGAUUUGUAAUGUCUUGAUGAACCAGAAGGGGAACCCCUUUCUGCGAAAAAAACACCCCGUGCUGAUCUGAAACUUCUCAAACCGCACAGAUUGCGAUAGGUAAGUUUGACAAAGCACGAAGGCACACAGAAGAGUUGAGCGUGUGAGAAGCUGGCCGUGCUGCAUACCGUCUAUCCACAAAUAGUCUCAGAUUUAUUAGUUAGAUGCGCAUACCGAGUUGGCACUAUAUUGAAUAAGGUGACAAAGAAGCAAUAUCAGAAGGAAAUAUAUACAAGAAAAUAAUAGAUCUGGAAUAUUAAAGUCAAGACUGUUCUCAUUUUGCUUCCUGCUACUUCCACACACACACUCCCCGAAGACCAGACGCUGCCAAACAACAGCGACAGAGCAACACGUUCAAACAGGAGUCACUGAACCCUUUUUCCUAAAGCUGUAAGCCCUUUUAUUUCCUUUGCCCUCAGAAGGCGUUUCAAGAUGAUUGAUUUUUACAUUAUUUUAAUCCGGAGGGCUGACGGGUUAUUGGAAAGAGGAGUGAUGGAUCUAGAUGCGCAAGACUGGGCAUUGAUCACCAGGAGAGGGGAGGUCGGCUCAUUUUCUCCAGGAUCCUUCUGAGACUCACACAUACACAAAUCAGCGUAGCAAGCGCGCGCGUCUAUGCUCGCGAAAGCCAGCUUUUCCUUAAAGUUCCUCGCACUAGGUACUUUUACCUUUUCCACUUGUUCUAAUUCAUUGGCCAUGCGCAGCGCAAACGUUUAUGUGCCACCCCCUCGAUCUGAGUAUGAAAAGGGAAUGUUUUGACUUAUAACAAUUUGAUCUGUUUAGAACGUAGAUGUGCAGCCGCGUAUUCGCCGAUUUUGCCUUCUGUCUGCGUGAGUGGGUCGCAAAGGAAGCGAACUGAGGUAAGCGCGCACUCGUGCGCAUUUUUUUUCCUGGAACGCGCACAGACAGACAGCGCUGCUGGUGAGGCAGCAGACUUGGUAGAGCAGGAGAAGGACGCACAACUCCAAUGCACAGAGGCAUCUCUCGCUUCGAGCUGGAGCAUGGUGCCAGGGGAUUUUAGGGUUCCAGUUUAAUCAAAGUUUUUGGAUCACAGCAGGACGGAGGGAGGUCCCCAGGGAGCUGGCAGCACACAUGGAUGUCGGAGAGGCACCAGCGCUUUGAGUGCAGCGAAUCCAAAGACACAUCCAGUUAUGAUUUGGGUUGCGUUUUUACCGUUUUUGAUGCCGUGCGUGGCCGCAAACAGGACUCUGGACCCUGUGCCGUUCUUUCACGGGCAUGUGUUCGAAAACUCGUCCCCCGGCUCGCGGGUCAACGGGCUCAGCGUCCCGUUGAAGCGGCUGAACUCGCACCGGCUGUGCGGCUCCGGGGAACCCGGCUCAGCGGCAGCGCACUUCAAACUUCUGGGUGAUGGGAGCGAGGAUUUCCGCGUCUUUGCGCACCACAAACGAGGGCACGUUUUGCUGAAGACGACCCAGACAUUGGACCGCGAGGAGCGGGCUGAGUACGCCCUGGGUCUGGGUUUGUGCUGCGGACAGUGCGCGGUGGGUCCCUGUGCAGGAGAGGAUGCGUCUGAACUCGUGGCGUCCAUAAAGGUGGACGUUUUGGACACCAACGACCACCAGCCCGUUUUUCCCAGCACAGACGUGAAGCUGGACCUGGAUGAUGCCACUGCUUUGCGCGCGGCGAUCUGCUCUCUGAGCGCGCGGGACGGCGACAGCGGCAAGAACGCGGAGCUCUUCUACUUCGCCGUGCCCAAAAACGGAAGUUUCUACGCCGUGCCCAAAACGGGCGACAUCCUCCUGGUCGACUCCAUCCUCGGUCUGGAGGAGCCCAUCAAGUUCCAGGUGUUUGCGCGGGACCGCGGCUGGCCUCCCCGCACGAGCCAGAGCGUCUCCGUGGAAAUAAACCCACGGCAAUGGCCUGCUGCGCACUCACCGAGCCCCAAACAGACGCAGCAAGUUCAAGCGCAAGCGCGCAAGUCCAGAUCGGUCCCGGACCCAGAAAAGCCGGUGUUCAUCAGCGUGUCCGAAGACGCGGGGAUCGGUUCGGUGGUGGUGAACUUGAACCCCGUGAGGUUUCAGUCGGCCACGUUUGAGCUGGUGGAGCCGCAGUUGGAGAGCUGUCCGGUCAGCGUUAGCCGAGACAGCGGGGAUGUAGUCAUCAUGCGGAGGCUGGACCGGGAGACCCAACCUCUGGUGGAGAUCACGGUCAGGGUGCAGGAUAAGAGAGGUCCAGAGUGGUACCUGGUUAGAGUGGAGCUGACUGUGACGGACGUAAAUGACAACGUCCCAGAAUGGAACAUGGUUCCUGCUCCCUACCUUGCAGUGGUUUCCCCAGAUGCGACUGCGGGAUCGCUGGUGUACAAACUCAAUGCUCAGGAUGGAGAUGAAGGCCUUAAUGGUGACGUGGAGUACUUCCUGUCUGAUGGUGGCGACGGUCGGUUUGAAGUGGACCGGAAGAAUGGCCAGAUACGAACGACGGGCCUUCCUCUGCAGCGUGACAGAGAGUACCUGCUGACGGUGGUGGCUGCUGAUGGGCUGGGCAGCCGCAGCGCCCCUGCCAUCAUAUCCGUGGUGGCUGGAGCCCGGCCACCACAGUUUACUAAUGCUUCCUACACUAUCGCUAUACCGGAAAACACCCCCGAAGGACAACCGUUCUUGGUGACACCUGCUGUGUCCUUCCAAAAGAAACCAAUCAGCUACAGCCUUGUCAUCAAUCCCAGCAGUCUCUUCUCGAUCUCGGCAGAGACGGGUGAAAUCAGCCUGACCCGCACCAUCGAUUACGAGACCGACCAACAUCGUCACUUGCUGCUGGUGCGGGCCAGCGAGGGCCAGAACAGCAUGAGCAGUGCAACAGAGGUACGAGUUUUUAUUGUGGAUGAGAAUGACUGUGUCCCAGAAUUCCUGCAGUCGAUUUACAGCAAGGAUGGCGUACCGGAGACGGUUACAACUGCAACCUCCUUGUUGCAAGUGUCUGCCAACGACUGCGACUCAGGAGCAAACGCCGAUUUGACCUACUACACCCUCAGUCCGGAUUUCAUCAUUUCUCCUCAUGGGACCAUCUUCCCAGCAGGGCCUCUGGACUACGAGAGACCCAAUCACCUGUAUGAGUUUGUUGUCAUGGCGAUUGACAAGGGAGAGGUGCCUCGCACCGGAACGACAACGGUACGAAUCAGAAUGGCCAACGUCAACGACGAGGCGCCUGAGUUUUCCCAACAUAUAUAUCGGACCUUUGUCUCAGAAGAUGCAGGACCCAACACACUGGUCGCCACGGUGCUGGCGAAGGACCCUGAUGGGGAUGGGAUCACUUAUAAGAUUAACACAGGAAAUGAUGAGGGCAAUUUUGUCAUCGACAGCCAAAAAGGUUUGAUCCGGCUGCGCUCCAGUCCGCCGCCUCGCCUGCAGGGUGUGGAGUACGUCCUUAAUGUCACAGCCACUGAUGACAACGCCUCGGGGGGGCCUCAGGCGUUGUCCUCCACAGCGCAGGUGAUAGUGGGAGUGGACGAUGUGAACAACAACAAGCCCGUCUUUGAAAAGUGUCAGCAGUACCGAGAGAGCACGUCGGUGCUGGAGAACCAACCAGCGGGGACGUUUGUUCUGCAAGUUCAUGCUGUGGAUGCAGAUGAAGGCUCCAACGGCAGGGUCACAUAUGGCUUCAUGCACAAAGACUCUACAGUGCCUGCCUUCAGUAUCCAUCCCGAUACUGGGGUAAUCGUGACCGCCAGGAAAUUUGACCGUGAGCGUCAGCGGGAGUAUGCUGUGACGGUGACCGCCACAGACCAGGCAGCUGACCCCCUCAUCGGCAUCUGCCAGCUCAACAUUCUCAUCCUGGACCAGAACGACAACAGCCCAAAGUUUAAGAACCUCCGAUAUGAGUACUUCCUUCGGGAGGAUACAAUGAUCGGAACCAGUUUCCUGAGGGUGGCGGCUCACGACGACGACUUUGGCACCAAUGCGGCCAUCACAUACAGCAUGUCUGGGGAGCAGCCGGAGUACCUCAGGGUCAACCCGCUAACGGGCUGGGUGUACGUCAACCAGCCCAUCUCACAGAGGACCUACAUCACCAGGGAGAUAGUAGCAACAGAUGGAGGAAACAGGAGCAGUUCAGUGGAACUGGCCGUGACCAUCACCAAUGUGAAGAACCAGCCUCCACAGUGGCAGAACGAUACGUACAGCGUGGUCAUACCGGAAAACACGGUCCGCGACACGCCCAUCGUGACCAUCAAAGCCACGUCCCCUCUGGGCGACCCAAGGGUCACUUACAAUCUGGAGGAUGGAAUGGUCCCAGAGACCAACAUGCCCGUCCGCUUCUACUUGACUCCCAAUCGAGAAGACGGUUCCGCCUCCAUCCUGGUGGCCGAGCCGCUGGACUAUGAGACCACCAGAAACUUUAUUCUGCGGGUUCGGGCUCAGAAUGUGGCAGCCGUGCCGUUAGCUGCCUUCACCACGGUCUACGUCAAUGUCACAGAUGUUAACGACAACGUUCCGUUCUUCACCUCCUCCAUCUAUGAGGCUUCAGUCACUGAAGGAACAGAGUCAGGAGCGUUGGUUUUCCAGGUAUCAGCCAACGAUCUGGACCUGGGCCUUAAUGGGAAGAUUUCUUACUCGUUGCUGGAGGACCGCAGUGGGGAUCAUCUGUAUUUCCAGAUCGACUCGGAGCAGGGCUUCAUCUACUCACAGGCUGUGUUUGACAGAGAGACCAAGAGCUCGUACCUGUUGGAGGUCCAGUCUGUGGACGGCUGGGAGUCAGCGCGACCUGGAAAGCACGGACAACCCAACUCUGACACAGCAUAUGUUCGCGUUUUCAUCAGCGACGUGAACGAUAACAAGCCCGUGUUUGCACAGGCGUCUUACGAAGUUGAUGUGGAUGAGGACGCUGAUGUGGGCUUUGCCGUUCUCACAGUCAGUGCCAAUGAUGGGGACGAAGGUGGAAACGCCAAGCUGCGCUACCAGAUCACGUCAGGAAACACAGGAGGCGUGUUUGACGUGGAGCCGGAGGUGGGAGCAAUCUUCGUCGCCCAGCCUCUGGACUACGAACAGAACAAAAGAUACAAGCUUCAUGUCCUGGCUUCAGACGGGAAGUGGGAAGAUUACACGACAGUGACGGUGAACGUGGUGAACAAGAACGACGAAGCUCCCGUGUUCACGGUGAACGAGUACUACGGCAGCGUGACUGAGGAGCUGGAUGGGUCGCCGGUGUUUGUCUUGCAGGUGACAGCGUCUGACCCAGAUAAGGAUGCUGACCAGGAGGCCCUGCGGUACUCCCUCCAUGGCCAGGGUGCUGAGAGUGAAUUCAUAAUAGAUGAGGUCACUGGCAGGAUCUACGCCCAGAGGACGCUGGACCGCGAGGAACGGGCUGUUUGGCGUUUCGUCGUCCUGGCAACAGAUGAGGGUGGCGAAGGUCUGACGGGCUUCACGGACGUCAUCAUCAACGUGUGGGACAUCAACGACAACGCUCCCCUGUUCCCCUGCGCCCUGAGCUGUCACGGAGACGUAGCGGAGAACUCUGUCCUCGGAACGUCUGUUAUGGAGAUGACCGCAACCGAUCUGGACGAUUCGGCCGUGGGACAGAACGCCGUGCUGUCCUACAGGAUUGUGGGCAUUUUAGACGCCACAGACGCCAAACUAGGAGGAGUUCCCACCUUCUCAGAAAUGUUCACCAUCAACCCCACCACAGGGACCAUUACUGUAGGCUUGGGGGGUCUGGACAGGGAACAGGUAGAGUCCUACCUCCUCGUUGUGGAGGCCAGAGAUGGAGGAGGGAUGACAGGCACUGGAACCGCAACCAUUCAGAUUAAGGAUGUAAAUGACCAUGCUCCAAGGUUCAUUGAUCAUUCCUGUCAGGCCAGGAUCUCUGAAAAUUUAGAGCCCAACACAGAGGUCCUGGAGCUGGCUGCAGAGGACAGAGACACUGGAGAGAACGCUCAGCUGACCUUCAGCAUUGUGGCCGGAGAUCAAGAGCAGAAAUUCUACAUGGUCAGUCACAAGCAGGAGCAGCGUGGAGUUUUAAGGCUGAAGAAACGCCUGGACUACGAACGACACAGUGAACAGAAGUUCAACCUCACACUGAAGGUGGAGGACCUGGACUUCUCAAGUUUUCUGCACUGCGUGGUCGAGGUGGACGACUAUAACGAUCACGCUCCCGUCUUCAUCCCACACUUUUUGUCUCUGGCCCCACUGCCCGAGGAUGUCAGCGUGGGAACCAGCGUGGCACAUCUGGUGGCGAGUGACUCCGACUCAGGCCAGAACCGGGAUUUGACGUACAGCCUGUCAAAGGACUCAGACCCUGAGGGCUUGUUCACUAUUGACCAGUCUGGUGUACUCUCGGUGGCCCGCCCGCUGGAUCGAGAAAGAACGGCUCAGCAUCACUUGGUAGUCAUGGCAACAGACCAUGGCAUCCCGGCGCUAACAGGCAGUGCCACGGUUCAGCUGCCUCUGCUGGAUGUUAAUGAUAACGGACCAGAGUUUGAGGCCUCCUACUCUCCUGUAGUCUUUGAGAACGUGGCUGGUCCGCAGGUAGUGAGGUUGAACCAAACCUCCACCCUCCUACGGGCUGUGGACCGGGACUCUGCUGAGAACGGCGCUCCUUUUCGCUUCUCCGUCCCGCCCGAGUACCGCUACAGCAACGACUUCUACCUCCAGGACAACCUGAACGGCUCCGCCACGUUAACAGCGCUCAGGACGUUUGAUCGCGAGCGGCAGAAAGAGUUUCCCCUCCCCAUCGUCAUGAGCGACAGCGGGCAUCCAGCCAGGACGGUGACCAGCACGCUGACCGUGACCAUCGGGGACCAGAAUGAUCACGCUCAUGUUGCAGGAGAGAAGCAGAUUACCAUCAACAGCCACAGAGGCCGUAUGCCAACGACAGUGCUUGGAAAGGUCUAUGCUCCUGAUCCUGAUGACUGGGAUAAUAAAACCUUUGUCUUUGAGGGACAUAUGCCAAGUUACUUCAUCCUGAACAAGCGUACAGGGUUUCUCAUCAUCAAGGAGAACACCCCACCCGGCACCUACCAGUUCCAGGUCCGGGUGUCUGAUGGGAUCUGGCCCGACGCCGUCUCCACUGUCACCGUACACGUAAGGGAGCUGCGAGAGGAAGCCAUCUUUAACUCCGCAUCCCUUCGCCUGGCAGACAUCACUGCGAAAGAGUUCCUUGAACUGAGAGGGAAGCAGCGUAGCCGCUACGAUCUGCUGGUGGACUUCCUGUCUGAGAUGCUCUCCGUUCCACCAGAUGAAGUUAACAUCUUCAGCCUAAUGGAUGUGAAGGAGCGAAUGCUGGACGUUCGCUUCGCUGUGAACGGCGGCCCUUCCUUCCUCCAGCCGGAGAAAAUGCACGGUUACCUAGCCGCCCACAAACAAAAGCUCCAGUCCUUCCUGCAGGUCAGCGUGUUCCAGGUGCGGGUGGACGAGUGUCCUGGCUCAGAGUGCGCCGGCACCGCUGGCUGCACCAACGUGCUGAACGUGCGGGACGCGCCCACAGUGGUGGACUGUGGGACAAUGAGCCUGGUCUCUGUGAUGGUGGAGUCCAAAGCCGUGUGCUCCUGCCCAGGCCGGGAGCAGUCCCAUCAGCCCUGCGCCUCGUAUCCCAGGAACCCCUGCUUCAAUGGAGGCGUGUGCGUGGACACUCAGCAUGGCUACAGGUGCCAGUGCCCUGCUCAGUUUGAAGGACCUGAAUGCCAGCAGAACAAGCACAGUUUCCAUGGCAAUGGCUAUGCUUGGUUUCCUCCUAUGAUGCCCUGUUUUGAGAGCCAUGUGUCGCUGGAGUUUAUCACAGACGUGGCUGAUGGACUGCUGCUGUACAGCGGCCCACUUGCACAGCUGCAGGCCUGGGACCGUGAGGACUUCAUGGCCAUAGAGCUCAUAGAUGGGACCCCCACCCUAAAAAUCAACCAUGGCUCCGGCACGCUUGUGCUGCAGCUGCCGGGGGACAUCGACGUGGCAGACAGGCGCUGGCAUCGGCUGGAUGUCCGGAGCAACAGCAAGGAAGUGCGUUUCACCCUGGAUCGGUGCGCAGGGGCAGCAGUAAAGGAAAUGGAGGGUCUGGCAAGCUGGCUGACCACCGAGGACCACUCCUCCUGUGAAGUGAUGGGUGUCACACCCAACGCUGACAGACACCUAAACAUGAGUCAAGUGCUCCAGCUUGGAGGUGUGAACGAGGACAUUCCCUACAUCUAUCCUCAGCUUCAGCACAAACACUUCACCGGCUGCAUCCGCAAUCUCGUUGUGGACAGCAAGCUGUAUGAUUUGGGCUCCCCGGCCGACUGGCAGUCCAGUUCCCCCGGCUGCCUCACCACUGAUAGCAGCUGUGUCAACAUGGGCUACCCGUCGUGUGGCCAUCGAGGGCGCUGCCAUGGUGAGUGGGGCUCCUUCAGCUGCCAGUGUGUGGCCGGAUACGCGGGACACCAGUGUGAGAAAGAAGUCCCAGAGUAUUCCUUUGAUGGCCACAGUCAUGUGCAUUACAAGCUGGCGUCCUCGCUGCCUGCCCGAAGAACCUGGAUCCAAGUCCUCCUAAGGACCCGCAAACACAGCAGCAUCAUCGUCAGUCUGGUGUCGAGGGACCAGAGUGAAUACCUGCGACUAGAGAUCUUCCAGGGCCUUCUUUGCAUUUUCUACAACCUUGGGGACGGAGACUACAAUCUAACGCUGCCAAGCUAUCGCCUUGACAACGGCGAGUGGCAUGAGGUCUUUUUGGAUAGACAUGACAACGAGAUGACGUUACGGCUGGAUGGUGGUGGAGGGAAGCGGGAGGUGACAGGAUCACAGGGCAGAAGCCGAGAAAUCAUCAUUAACUCCACUGCUGUGAUGCUGGGAAACUCCUUCCCCUCCGAAAUCAACAAGAGCUUUCAAGGCUGCAUAAGGGAUCUACGCCUCAAUGGUCGUUACAUGCCACUGGACAGCCAACCACGGGACGGGGUUUCCCAGGUCAGCGUGCAGGGUCUCUCAGUCGGAUGCUCAUCUGACUCCUGCAAGAAGAACCACUGUAAACCCCCCUUUACCUGUGUGGACUUGUGGAGAGUGCAUGAAUGCAGGUGUCCUCCUGGUCACAUGAUCCGUGUGAACGGCACCAAAAAGUCCUGCGUGUACACCCUGUGUGCUACGCGCCCCUGUCACCGGGGGACCUGCGUGGCCCAGUCGCCCUCUAAAUUCACCUGCCACUGUCCGGAGGGCUACAGAGGGCGCCACUGUGAGACAACACUGGCAAUAUACAGAGAGGAUGUGGGCCUAAGCUUCAGCUCACUCUUUGCCAUCUGUAUCUGCUUCAUGGCUUUGCUGGUGCUGCUGCUGGGCAUUUUCCUCUACACUCGCUGGCGCACCUACAAAGGGCUCAAGGAGGGCGUGUACCACGUCUCGGCACAUCACGACGGCUGGGAGGACAUCCGGGAGAACGUGCUCAACUACGACGAAGAGGGAGGCGGGGAGGAGGACCAGAACGCCUACGACAUGGCAGAGCUGCAGAAGUCCCUCCAGCCAAGCCCCGCCCAGUCGGUCCAGUACUGCCGCUCCAGAGCCCUGCACCACCCGCCCCCUCCCCACCAUCACCACCACCACCACCUCCUCCACCAGGCGCCACCCGCCCCGCCCUCUGCCCAGCCCGUGGACGCCCUCAGCCGCACCUCCAGCUCCACAACCCUGCCCCCUUCCACCGCCUCCACUUCCUCCACAGCCACCACCACCGCCUGCCUUCGCCGGGACGUGCCCCCCACCCGACCUCCUGCCCAGGGCCAGGCGCGCCCCUCCCAGCUGGCGCGGCGCUCCCUCUCCUUCUCCAGCCAGGACCUGGCCCGCUACCUGUGCGAGAUCAUCCGCGACGCCGACCAGCACCCCGGACACGGGGCCCUUCGACUCCCUCCAGGUGUUCUCCACCGAAGGAGGGGGGUCCCCCGCCGGCUCCCUCAGCUCCUUCAGUUCAGCGGGGCUGGACGGAGGAAGCACAGGGGAGGGAGGGUGGGGAGGCCGAGAAGGGAGGAGACACUGGGGGAGUGGGGCCCUCGCUUUGAGAAACUGAGAGCUCUAAUGGUGCUCAAGGCCAGUUCCAUCAAAGAACCCCUCUCUUUGGGGGCAUACCUUAAUUGCCUGAAGGAUUUUGAUCACUUAAUUAGAAUGUGUAAAGCCUGUGCUGCCGACCCUUCACCACUGUGUGUCUCGACUGCAGUGCUGCUGCUGGGCAUUUUCCUCUACACUCGCUGGCGCACCUACAAAGGGCUCAAGGAGGGCGUGUACCACGUCUCGGCACAUCACGACGGCUGGGAGGACAUCCGGGAGAACGUGCUCAACUACGACGAAGAGGGAGGCGGGGAGGAGGACCAGAACGCCUACGACAUGGCAGAGCUGCAGAAGUCCCUCCAGCCAAGCCCCGCCCAGUCGGUCCAGUACUGCCGCUCCAGAGCCCUGCACCACCCGCCCCCUCCCCACCAUCACCACCACCACCACCUCCUCCACCAGGCGCCACCCGCCCCGCCCUCUGCCCAGCCCGUGGACGCCCUCAGCCGCACCUCCAGCUCCACAACCCUGCCCCCUUCCACCGCCUCCACUUCCUCCACAGCCACCACCACCGCCUGCCUUCGCCGGGACGUGCCCCCCACCCGACCUCCUGCCCAGGGCCAGGCGCGCCCCUCCCAGCUGGCGCGGCGCUCCCUCUCCUUCUCCAGCCAGGACCUGGCCCGCUACCUGUGCGAGAUCAUCCGCGACGCCGACCAGCACCCGGACACGGGGCCCUUCGACUCCCUCCAGGUGUUCUCCACCGAAGGAGGGGGGUCCCCCGCCGGCUCCCUCAGCUCCUUCAGUUCAGCGGGGCUGGACGGAGGAAGCACAGGGGAGGGAGGUGGGGAGGCGAGAAGGGAGGAGACACUGGGGGAGUGGGGCCCUCGCUUUGAGAAACUGAGAGCUCUGUAUGAACGAGCCGAGGCUAGCGACCUCUGAGCUCAGAUACUGAGAGCGAUAGGACGCCGAUAACAGGCCGCCUUAAAAAAAAAAAAAGUCAAUCAGAUGGUUAGCAGCGAGGAAACGGAGAGUGAGAGACUGACAGGGUCCAUCAAAAGGGUGGCCUAACAGACAACUAUUGCUGUGCAGUGAGCUCUGCGCUGCCUUGGACCUGGGAUGACUGUUUUCUAGGAACAGACUUUAUCUACAGGUGAGAUUAAAGGCUUCAGAACAUCACUCUCUGCCUGAGCUCCCCAACACGUCGGAGUUCAGCGGACUCAGCAACUCAGACUGUGACACUCUGAGCUCCGGUUCCGCUUAGGCGGUUUUUAUUUCUAAUCAGCACCAGUAAAAAUGUAUUUUGUAUCAUGUUGCUGCUGAAUGAGACGUGUGUAAAUAAGGGACAUGCAUCGCACACUGCACUAUCACGUCAUCAGUUACUGGGCUCGUACGGAGCUCCCAUGAAGGACAGGGGGGAUUCUGAAUAUUAUGUUCUGCCGCCUGGCUCUGCACACUUUCUGAAGCUUCUAUUAAAGUUUGUACAAGGGGGGGGAAACUGAAGAAGGGAACGCAUCGACAAUGAGACCAGGAGCGUUUUUCCACCGGAACCCUUUUUUCCCAGAACCUACUAAUUUACCCUGGUCUUUGCUCGGUUCUUCACUGCGGUUCCCAAACAUUGCCUUUCGCCUACAUUACAUCCGCAGAGGGAGGAGUUUUGACCGUCUUGCUCAGUCAGUAAGUGGAACAGAAAGUCUCCAAAAACGAAAAAAAAAGGGAUUUCAGCUUUAAAAUGGUAACCAGUGAUUCUGUCACUAAAAAGUCCACAGUGAGGCGCAUCUGCAGAAAACUAUUAAAGGAUGUUGUCGACGCAGAGGUGAAGAGAGAGCUCUAGUUGCUUUUACAACCCGGAGGCCUCUUUCACUAGUGUUAACGCUCUGAAACAGUAAUAAAGACAAGAUGCAUCUCAAUAAUCCAGGUAGAAAAACUAAACUAAAAGACUGAGUAGGUCUUCUGGUUCUUCUUCAGUCACCUGAAACUCCCCAGACUGAAGAAGUCUGUUGGAGAAGAGACAAAAAGUUUCAACAAAGAAGAACCCGUCCAGAGGACCUCCUCAAUCUUAUUUUCAAUUAAAACGAAUUCAUAGAGAAAUAUUGUAACAAUCACAGAUGUUUUUCAUAUCCAAGUGUGAAAUUUAUUUUCUGAAGGAGCCUUCACCGCACAUUUGUCAUUACUAUCAUUAAUAACAAAUAAUACAUUUCUGAGGUUGUGAGUGUUUUUAUCUGCACCCUCACAGCUGGAUUUACAGGGCUUCAGAAAGGUGCUGGCCCUCUUACAGAGUUUAAAUGUUUUAGUUCUUCAAACGUAUAUUAAUAUAAGAGAAAAACCUGUUUAAAGACAAAAAGCUCUUUGUAAAUGAUGAUUGCAUUUUGGAAAACCCAAAUAAACCUGGUCCUAUGGGUAAGGAUAUUUCCCCUUUUUGUUAAACACAUGCAAUUAUUUAAAUAGAACCUAUCUGAUGAAAUGAAGUUGGCUAAAGAUUUUUUUUUAAAUGCGACAAGAACUGAUGAGAAACAAAAUGAUUAACUGUGUAACCCUUUCAGUCUGGAAAGGAUUACAGAACCAUUUCUAAUUGUUUGGGGGCACCAGAAAACCAAAGUAAGAAUCAUUAUCCACAAACGGACAAAAGAUGCAUCUGAUGGGAACCUCACCAGGAGUGGCUGGACUUGCAUAAUUACUUUUAGUAACUGGACAACUCAGUUAAGGUCAGUGGUCAUGACACAAAAAUGAGAAAGAGACAGAGGAAAACAGCCCCCAUUUCCACGGUGAAAAAACACUUAUUUCACAAAAAAACGCCUUGAUGAUUGUAAGACCUGUGGAAAGAUGAGAAAUGUAAAACAUUUUAGAAAGUGUGCACGACAUCUGACAUGAAGCUAACACCACGUUAGCUACAUGAAAGAACAUCAAACUGACAGUCAAGUAUGAUGGCAUGGAGCUGCUUAAGGACCAUUUACGCUUUGAAAAAUAUUCACCAAUCUGGCUAAAUUAAAACCAUUGUGCAAAGAGUGGGCCAAGAUUCCUCCAGUGAUGUAGAGACUCACUCGCAUAUUUGUAGUCGGUAGUUUAGGUUUGGGGGGGCAAUUACUUCUCCACAUAGGGCCAGGUUGGUUGGUUAGCUUAAUUGUUGAAAUCCUCAUUUAAAAAGUGUAUUUUUAAUUUACUAAUGUUACCUGGGUUUUUGUUUUUUUAUUUUUUUUAAAUUGUUUGAUGGUCUGAACAUUUUAAGUGUGAGAAAAGAGAGAAAACUGAACAUAUCUGUAAUGGUGGCAAUUACUGUUACCUGGUGCAGUACUACCUCUGAUGUAUGCUCACAACCGUAUAUGAGACAAUGAUUUAUAAUGUAUGCAGUUAAAGACAGAAAAUUGGAGCUGUUGAUGAGUUUACAGCCAGAUGACUAAAUUAUAAUGCUGAAAAAAACUAGUGUAACUAAUUUGGAAUGCUAGCACUGCCCUAGCGGAGCCUUCCUCUGGAGUAAUGUGCUUUUACCCUAGCAGAAAGAAUACCCUGUGAAAACAACCCGGUUCCUGAAAAAGUUUCCUACGAGUAAAAUGCUUUGGAGUAAGUCAUCUAACCAACGCAGAGCUCCAGUGGUUGGAUUUUCGUUUCUUUGUUUUGUUUUUUUGCUCUUUAGCUCGGUUGGGUACUUUGGUAUUGGCGAGGUGUUUUAAGUUCCAACACUCUGCGGGUUGUAAGACAUCAGGCCUUCUCUACUUAGCACGGCACCCGCGUCUCCGUUUGGUUUCCUAUUCUCAUUCGCGCUCCGCUGCCACUGCUCAUUGUAGCUCACCCAAGGGGGCCCCUGCUGGGGCCGCACAAAAAUUCAAACGGAUCUCUAACAAAGAGGCGCAUGUGGACGUGCGGACUAAUGGCAAGAGGGAGGGGAGCGCUAGCGCUAGCGCCGCUCGGCCCGCGCGCCUCCCCAGGCAUACCAAACGUGGCAGCUGCGAGAGACCGUCUUAAAAGACGAUAGCUCGGCUGAAUACAAACUACGCGGAACAGCUUUCCAAGGUGACAGCUUAGAGAAAUUCAAAUAAAUGAAGGAGGCGAUUGGAGAAGAUUUAAAUGGAUUAUUCAUACAUACACCAUAGCUGGAACACCUGUGCAUUAAAAUCUUCAGCACCAUCUUCCCCAUGUCACAAGGGAGGAUGGAUCCUUUUUUCUUUUCUUUCUUUCCUAAACUCUACACAGUACUCUUCCCCCUGCUUUUGAGCCAGCGAGAAACAUUUAUCUGAAAAAGAACAAAGAGGCAAAGAGAAGACAUAAAGUAAGAGAGUGUGGGAAGGCCCAGCUCCUCUCACCUUUGAUAAGAGAGAUGAUUACAUGGUGGAGGGUUGAAUCAGAGAAGCAGAGAGUGGUUGACUCUGUGAUGAGAAGUAGGAAGUGUGGCUGGAGAUGUAGGCUGGAAGCAACAGUUAGUAAUACAGCAAGCGGCCGUCUCUCCUAAAAGCCACCAGCCUGGCCUCUCCUGUGGCCAGCCAGAAGUAGGGUGCACUGGGACUGAUUGUCACACUCUGGUUGGCUCAAUAGUUGAUGUUUUUCAUCUUUGCAAUGAUUGUUACAAAAAAAGUAUCAGGCCAAAUUUAACUCAAAUCAAUUAGCAGUUAAACAGAAAUACAUAAUAAAUCAAAUCCAUACCAGUCCAGCUCAAUGGUAUCAACAGAUUAGUUUUGAUGACACACAGUCCAACCUCAUGCCAAAUCUAAAACAAGAUGAUGCGUUUAUGAUGUCCACUGGUCAUCUGUCCAAGGAGGUACAGCGAUCCUUCCUCUGGAGAAAGCAUGCAGCAGUACUGGAGACAUCAUCGCAUCAAGACAUUGACUUUGCAGCAAUCGCUCAUACUGCGCAAGUACGCGACGCCAGUGGGAAGAAACAGGUUCCUUUUAACAAAGAAAGUGCCAGAACCAGCAGCCAUCUGAAGCUAUAAGGCAGCGGUCUGAGAAGACAGGAAGCAAACACAGAGAAAAAAAAACACUACACACUCAUCCAGGAGAACUUUGGAUGGCGGAGAAAAUCUUCAGCAACACUCAAUAAGCAACAUCAUUGAGGGCCGGGUGUUAAAGGGUUUGGAGUUGGUUGUCUCUCUGGUUGUCUAUUGGCUUUCAGUAAAAAAAAAA